ACCUGCUAGAGGUAGAAGCUCUGUGCUUUGUCAGGUGGCACGUGAGAGUGUACGUGAUCGUGAACGCGCGAGAUUUCAAGUGCCUCGCACGAGGUCCAGGUUGAAGACUUUAUGUUUGGAUUGAAAUGAAGUCAUUGACUUUGUACAGUGAAGAUGACGAGGCCGAAGGGUGCUUUACGCCAGUUGCCCUUCCUCGUGGCAUCAUUUUGUCGCGCAAGCGAAAAUCGCCUUCAUUCAUGGAUGGUGCCAAACGUUCAUGUUGCACCUCCGAUUCCCCAUCGUCGGAAGCAGAAGGAGAGACUCCUUCCCUGAGGAUUGUUGUUCAGCCCGAGAAGUAUUUUCGUGCUCGCUACACCAGUGAGGGCAGCCGUGGACCAAUGCGGGGUGGCCAGGAUGGUGGCUAUCCAACAGUGAAGAUCUGUGGCUACUCUGGGCCAGCUAUUGUGGAUGUGUACUUAUCAAGUCCGGACGGGGAGGUUCACGACAACGUUUUAGUCCUUGGCACGAACAGUAAUGGUGCCGGUGAAGUUGAAACUGUGGAUGGUGGUCUACAAUGUAUCCGCAUCCACACUUCCACAGCCAGCAGCAUGGAAGCUGUGUUCUCCAACGUCAGUGUUCGGCGUUUGCGUAAGUUUGAGAUUGAAUCUUCUUUACGCAACCGUGGAGUUGAUCCGGAAUCACAUGACUGUGACCGCACGAUAGCGUGCCUCAAGUUUGUUGCAUGUAUUCCUGGUCAUGGAGAUGUCACUGCCUUGUCGAACGCCUUCCAAUGCAGUUCUCAGCCAGGUGCCCCCGAGAUUCUCAGCGUUUGUCCCAGCACUGGUCAUGCCGCUGGUGGUGAUUCCAUUGCCCUGGUGGGCAAACGCUUCAAGUCUGGUUUCAAGGUUCGCUUCUUUGCCAGCACUGAGCAGGGACAGUGGGAGUCCUGGGCCACUGUCAAUCGUGAUGUUUCCAACCAGGGUGCAGCCGUCCUCGAACUGCCACAAUACGGUGAAGGUGAAGUAUUCAUGGCCACCAAGGUUCAGAUUGAAGUCAGAAUAGGUCCUGAGAGGGAGCCUUACAUCAGCGAGCCUGCCGAGUUCACCUACUUGCCACCGAAAGGCCCUGAGAGCAGUUGCACACGGUGUGCUGUGAAUCAACCUGUUGCUCUACCGCCCACACCAUUGUCAUCCAGGGUGCAUGGUGGCCGUUGCUCGCCGGCUCCUGUACCAUCUUCUAACUCCUCUGACCAUCGCCCAACAAGGCUCAGCCACAGCACGCCCAACUGGGGGGAUCUUGUGACUGAAAACCUUCUCUCAUCACUAUCGUGUGCCAACACUACCGAGGACUUGUUCCCAUCGAAUGCCUCGAAUGCAUCCAGUGGUAUUUUGGCGGACAUUGGCCAGUGGGCAGAUUUCCCAUUGUUCUCUGCCGGUGAAAGUAUCAGCAGCUACAGUCUGCAGUCACCGGUUGCACGCAACGACCAACUGGAUUUUGGAGACAGUCAUGAUUGGGCCAUCAUCCAGCAGGUUGUUUCCGAAUUCACAUCGGCCUUCCCGGUGAACUCUAACUCGGUUGCACGGCACUUAAAUUCCCUUGUCGCCCAACGCUGUGCGCUUCUGCAUGAAAUUUAUCGCAAGUGUUACCAGAAGUCGAUGGAAGUUGCCGAUACCUCGCCAUCUUACCUCAUGAAGCGGCAGCUUGACUACUAUUUGCCUUUGCUGCAAGGUACUGGAAUUUAAUUGGCAUGUGUUUCUUGGCAACUUGACUUAUCUGGUCUUCGUAUCAAGUGUAGACUAGUUCUCCUGUAUAUAAAGGUUUACUUGUAUGUCCGCCAUCUCGGUUUUGCCGGAGUAGUAACUUUCUGCUUGAAGUCAUGAAAAUGUCAUACCUAUUUAUUCAUCAUCUAACUUACUUACGCUGAUGGGGAAAACCCAAUAUCUGUUGUACUUCUCGUCUCAUGAAAAUUCAAUAUUUAGCGAAGAACAUAAAGAGAACAUACUAUCCUUUAAGUCUCGGGAUCACACAACACAUGAUUUUCUGUAUGUUUUCACUGAGUGUUUUAGGUCCCUAACACUGUUGAGUAGGUCAUCAGACCGUUGUUGUCUCUCCUUUUUUAGUUCGUCCUCAUUACCUUUUUUAUACAAGCAAGUGCCAAUAUUAGUGGCAACUCUGAAUUGUUUGCAAUCCUGGUUGUGGGUUGUUCAGGA